AUGAUGAAAGGUUUUAAGAAUAGACUUUCAAGAAGUUCGAAAUCUUCAAGUAAGAAAGAUAAGAAAGAGAAAGAGAAAGAACCAAAGAAAUCAUCAUUAGGAAUCACAUUAAGUUCAAAAAACUCCAACAGUUCAGGGUCUAUAAAAUCAAAUUCUCCUUCACCUUCAAGGAACAAUAGUAAUUCAUCAAUUACUUCAUCAUCAUCGAAUUCUACUAUUAAUCAAGGAGUUGGUUCCCCAAAUAAUCAAUCACCAACUGCUUCACCACAAAUAGUUAUCAAUAAUGAUGUGGACAUGACACCAACCCUGCCAAAUAUCGAACAUAAUGAUGUAACUAUAUCUAAUACUUCAAGUUCUUCAUCGAAUUUUUCAAAUGCUUCUACUGAUAUAUCAUCAACCAAUGCUGUAGACAAUUUGAAAACUGGAAUUCAUGUUGCUUCUCAUUCUCAACAAGGUCAUCAUCCUCAUGGGUAUAGUUUAAAUCCAAAUAUUUCGUCUCCUAAUAGAGAAACUUUCGAUAUUGAUUUGAUCACCACUCCAAAGAGACAUUCAUCGUCAAGAUUUGAACCUUCAUCAAAUAAUCAAGAAAUUUCAAUUUUACCAAGUUUUGAUGAAGUUUUACCUGAAGAACAAAUCAAUUUAUUCAUUGAAAAGGUUGAUCAAUGUAAUAUUCUUUUCGAUUUUUCCGACCCAACUUCCGAUAUUAAAGGUAAAGAAAUCAAACGUGAAACUUUACAAGAAUUGAUUCAAUUUAUAAUGUCAACCAGGUUCACUUAUACUAAUGAGAUUUACAAACAUGUAAUUGAAAUGUUUAAACAUAAUUUAUUCAGACCUUUACCUCCACCUGUUAAUCCAAUUGGUGAUGUUUAUGACCCUGAUGAAGAUGAACCCGUUAAUGAAUUAGCUUGGCCUCAUAUGCAAGUGAUUUAUGAAUUCUUCUUAAGAUUUAUCGAAAGUCCCGAUUUCAAUCAUCAAAAUGCUAAACCAUUCAUCAACCAAAAUUUCAUUCUCAAACUUUUAGAGUUAUUUGAUAGUGAAGAUCCAAAAGAACGUGAAUGCUUAAAAACAACGUUACAUAGAAUCUAUGGGAAAUUCUUAAGUUUAAGAAGUUUCAUAAGAAAAUCUAUUAAUAACGUUUUUAUACAAUUUGUUUAUGAAACGGAAAGAUUCAAUGGAAUUGCUGAAUUAUUAGAAAUCUUAGGUUCAAUUAUUAAUGGUUUUGCUAUACCAUUGAAAGAAGAACAUAAAAUCUUCUUAAUAAGAGUUUUAAUGCCAUUACAUAAAGUUAAAAGUUUAUCAUUAUAUCACCCUCAAUUAGCUUAUUGUAUAGUACAAUUUUUAGAAAAAGAUGCGACAUUGACUGAAGAUGUUAUAAUGGUAUUGUUAAGAUUCUGGCCAAAGAUCAAUAGUCUUAAAGAAGUAAUGUUUUUGAACGAAAUUGAAGAUAUCUUUGAAGUUAUGGAACCAAAUGAAUUUUUGAAAAUUCAAAUCCCACUUUUCGCCCAAUUAUCGAAAUGUAUCUCAUCAAGUCAUUUCCAAGUCAGUGAAAAAGUGUUAAUGUUAUGGUCAAAUGAUUAUUUCUUAACUUUAAUAACCGAAAACGCUGAAGUUAUAUUACCAAUUAUGUUUGCUUCAUUAUAUGAAUUAACAAAUGCAACUCAACCAAGUAUCACCAAUGGGGUUAUGAAACAAAAGUUAUUAGAAAAUCCAAACUUGAUAGUUGAUGCUAAUGGUCAUACAAUUGAUGCUGGUUUAAUGAAUAAUCAUAAUAUGAAUGGUGUUAAUCAUGAAAUGAAAAAUUUGGAUGGUAUGAAUAAUGAGUUAAAUGAUGAAGAAUAUUAUGAUAGUUUUGCUAAUCCUCAUGGUUAUGAUUUAGAUUAUACUAAUGGAGUACCUCCUCAUAACUCAGCUACAACCAAUUGGAAUAGAACCAUUCAUCUGUUGGCUUACAGUGCAUUAAAGGUUUUCAUGGAUCAUAAUAUAAUAUUAUAUGAUCAUUGCACAAUGUUAUAUCAUCAAUCUUUGGAAGAACAAAGAGUUAGGGAAGCUGCAAGAAAGGACGGUUGGAGAAAAAUUGAAGAAUUAGUCAAAUUAAAGAAUCAAGUUACUAGUAAAUAA